UUAACUUAAUAAAAAAAUUUAAUGAGUGUGGAAAAAGAAAAAAGUUCUUUCUUACUAAAUAUAAACAUUUUUUGGAUCAAAAUCAACAAUGCAAAUAUCUCUUAUUAGAAAAAGAUUCUGAAAAAGAGAUUAGAACACAUGAGGAAGAACUGCUAUUAAUUAGAAAAGGUGAAAAUCUGAUUAAACAGGGUAAUCAACUCAUCAAGCAGGGUGAGCGUAAAAUAAAAGAAGGGGAAUUACUGCUUCGUACUCAUGGAUCCAAUGUAAACAGUGUACCAUGUAGAGUGCCUAAAUCAUCUGCAGUCAAUACAUCUUGUACACCAAAACCUAGAAAGUCUUUUAUUAAGCUUACAAACAGGAUGAAGCGUAAAAGAACAGAUAGUCUUCGAGAACGAGAGGUGGAAGAACUGCAACAUGCUGUCAAAAGGUUUAAAUCUAAUUCUUCUACUGAUGGUAGGGCUAUUUUAUAUGGUUCAAAUUUGUCAUUGCAAGCUCUUUGUAAUUUGAAACUUACAGAUAGAACAUGGACUGAAUUUAAAAAUAUAGUGACUCAUAAUCGUCAUCUUGUUCCUCCAGGUUUAACCAAGUUGAAGCAAUACAAAAAAUUGACAUAUCCAGAACACGUUGAAUAUUCUGAAACCGAAGUAAAAUGUAGUCUUUUCCAUAUGAUAAAGCAUUCAGUUUCUAGAGUGUUUGAAUAUCUUUUGGAUUAUGAAAGUAACUGCAUAAUGAGUUUAUCACAAGAAGAGCGUGAUAAUGUACAAAUUAUUUGCAAAGUAGGAGGUGAUGGUCAAAGUGAUCAAUCGGAGUUUCAAAAUUCAGCAACUAUGAAAAGAGGUGUAGAUGAUCGCUCUGUGUAUAGUAUAGUGUUUGUACUGCUGGAGAUCCGAAGUGGAGAAAAAAUAAUAUGGAAAAAUUUAAUUAUAAAUAGAUGCAACCCGUCAUCUUCUUUUUUGUUUUGCAAAAGAGACUGCUAG